UCGCAUCUCUGGUUAUUUGCUUUCUUCCGUUUCGAGGGACAAAAAUGGCCGCUGCAACUCUUAACGGCUUACUGCGCCUACUUGUGACUGCAAUCAUUGCAAUAGGCUGUUUUGUGACUGUUUUCCUCAUGUAUUUUAAACCGUCAAGUAACUGGCUUGCAAAGCCCAUUGAAUCACCAACACUACCAAUUCAGAAGGAAGAAGAAGAAAAUAAGGUUCAUAAUAAGACUAUAGUUCUAUUAUGGAUGUGGCCUUUUGGUCAGUCCUAUGAUCUAGACACAUGCAGCACCCUGUUCAAUAUUGAAGGCUGUUUUUUAACAGCUGACCGAGACCUAUACAAUAAGUCAAGUGGGGUCAUCAUUCACCAUAGAGACAUAAAAAGUGAUUUAUCAAAUCUACCACCAUUGCAGCGCCCACCUUUCCAAAAGUGGGUGUGGAUGAAUCUAGAGUCCCCGUCACAUACUUAUAAAAACCCAGGUCUUGGAAAUAUUUUCAAUUUGACUUUGAAUUAUAGGCAAGAUGCAGAUAUUGAAGUGCCUUAUGGGUCAGUUGUAUUCAGCCAAAAGGAGGGGGAAGCUUUCAUAUUGCCAAUUAAAACUAAAUUGGUCUGCUGGAUUGUGAGUAACUGGAACCCUGACCAUGCCAGAGCGAGGUACUUCAAUGAAUUGCACAAACACAUUGAGAUACACACCUAUGGAAAAGCCUUUGGAGAACACGUCAAUGAUCAAGACUUCCUGGACACAAUAUCCAGUUGUAAAUUCUAUCUUUCGUUUGAGAACUCGAUUCACAAAGAUUACAUCACUGAAAAGCUGUACAACCCACUAGCUGCUGGAUCUGUGCCAAUUGCUCUUGGGCCACCUAGGCAGAACUAUGAGAACUUUGUGCCUGGAGAUGCCUUCAUUCAUGUGGAUGAUUUCCUCUCUCCCAAAGAGCUGGCUAACCAACUCACACUGUUACAUACAAAUGAAGAAAUGUAUCUGCGUUAUUUUGACUGGCGCAGACAUUUCAAUGUCAAGAGGUCACAUUUCUGGGCUGAACACACAUGUCAUGCCUGCGAUUACAUUAAAAGACACAAGGAAUAUAAAGUUUGUAAUAACCUUGACACUUGGUUUUGGGGUUGACAGCUCAUUUGCUUCUGCAAUGUUGUGGUUCAAUGUUAUGGUAGCUCAUGAAACAUGUACAAAAGCUGAAGAUCAUACGCACAUCCAGGUACUUCCUGCAGGUGCGGAAGUUGUAGGCAAACUCAUGGAAAACAGGAAGGAAAACGCUGUGCACUGUUGCUCAUGCUCCUAGGUGAUUUUAUCACAACGUUUCGACCCUUAGGUCCUCAUCAGGCAGGAUUCCUUUCUGUAUCUCAUGAAACAUAGCCUGGUCUCU